AACAUAUAGGUAGGAUCAUUUUGUGUAUUUAAUUUAAUUUCAGCCACUCUUCCUCGACUAGAACUGGCAGAUCCCAUCUUCUAUAUAUAGGCCAUAUCACCCCUCCCUCUUUACUCACAUACAACAACUAAACACACACAUAUAUAGAUAUAUAGAGAGAGAUUGGUAAUAUGGAAGUAGUUCAAGUACUUCGCAUGAAUGGAGGUCUCGGAGAAACUAGUUAUGCCAACAACUCUCUAGUUCAGAGAAAAGUGAUUUCGAUGACCAAGCCUAUAACAGAGGAAGCAAUAACGCAAGUUUACCGCAGCGUGGACGGGAUCUCAAACCGUUUCUGCAUAGCAGAGCUGGGCUGUUCGUCCGGGCCGAACACUUUGGCGGUGGCAGCGGAGCUCAUCACCACUGUUCAUCAGUUGAGCCGGAGCCACGGCCGUCAGCUGCCGGAAUUCCAGAUACUCUUGAACGAUCUCCCGGGGAACGAUUUCAACUCCAUUUUCCACUCCUUGCUGCCGCAGUUCAGAGCCCAGCUUGACCAACAAAUGGGUUCUAAAUCGGCACCUUGUUUCGUUUACGGAGUUCCUGGCUCAUUUUACGGCCGCCUUUUCGCAGCAAACAGCCUCCAUUUUGUUCACUCUUCUUACAGCCUCAUGUGGCUCUCCAAGGUGCCUGAAGGGGUGGAGAAAUGGAACAAGGAGGAGAUAUACAUCGGAAGCAAAAGCCCGGCGCCGGCGAUAAACGUGUACUACUCCCAAUUCCGGGUAGAUUUCCACACAUUCCUGAAAUGCCGGUCAGAGGAAGUUGUGGGAGGUGGAGCAAUGGUGCUUACUAUUCUGGGGAGGAAGAGCGACAACGCCGCCGCGAGCAAGGAAUGCUGCUAUAUUUGGGAACUAUUAGCUCUCUCUCUCAAGGAAAUGGUGUCAGAGGGAGCCAUCGAUGAAGAGAAGCUCCAUUCAUUCAACAUCCCUCAAUACAUGCCGUCGCCGGCGGAGGUGAGGAGGAGCGUGGAGGAGGAGGGCUCUUUUGCCAUCAGCCGCCUCGACACCUCGGAGAUCAGAUGGGCCGACUGCGGCAGCAGCUGCGGCGGGAAGGAUGUGGCGAAAUGCAUGAGAUCGGUGGCGGAGCCGAUGCUGGUGGAGCACUUUGGGGAGACGAUAAUCGAUGAGUUAUUCGGAAAGUACGAGAGAAGCCUCACCGAUUGCAUGUCCAAGGAAGAGAUGAAGUUCAUCAACGUCACUGUUUCUUUGAUCCGGAGAGGAUGAUUCGUCGCUACAUUAUUUCAUCUACAAUUUCCGGUCUUUUACUUUAACAAUUACGCAUAAAAACAUGUGACAUGGAGGAUUUGCAUAUUUCUAUAAAAAGUAGUACAAAAAAUAUUGUUUUUUUUUCAAGUAGUACGUAAGUUUAAAAAUUUUAUAUCAAUAUAAAACAUUGAAAGCAUUUUGUACUACUAUAUCACAAUAAUUCAACUCAAAUGUGAGACAUUAAAUU